AUGCAAAUCUUCGGCGUCACGGGAGAAUCGCUGGGCCGCAUCGGUACGGAAGCCAAGCAGGAGCGGGAGCAGGCGCCAGAACCAGAGUGGAAGGGGAUCCUGGUGGCCAAGCCGAGUGUUUCGGUGAGGAAGGGGAUUGCAUGGGGCACCAACCCACCCAGCGAACCAACCUCAACCCUCGUCCUGACCUCCGCCAAAUCCUACUACGUCGACAUCCGCUUCUCUCUCACGGGCCCGACUGCCACCAGCCCACCUCAUUACUGGGCAUUCGCCGGCACCAGCAAAUCCACUUUCCCUCCACGCAACCCCAUCUCACCGCCGCACCACCCCACCCCUCCUCCAACACGCGAGACCCACCCCAUCUCUUUCCCAUGCAGCACUCACACAACAUGGACCCGCUUCCUCGACUCGCGCGGCGACAUCACCACCCCGGACGACGGGACAACCUAUCUCCUCCACAACGGCGACUGUCUCGAAACAGGCCAGAUGAUCAACCCGGACACUAGAAUUCUGCAAUCUUAUCAGGAAUUAUGGACUUCACCACCCGCCAACGACGUCGAGCAGCGAGACCGUGCGAGUGAUGGAGAGCAGCGGCUAACCCGAGACGAAUCACCGCCAACGCAGCAUCAAUCGACCGGAUCGGAAGUGAAAGUGAAAGCUAUAGUAGCGUUGCUCCACCGCCGCCCUCAGCCACCGCACCUCGCUACCGAAUCGGGAUCUGGAUCUGCGUCUGGAUCCGAGGUCAAAGGCAUGAUAGUACGCAUCGGGAAUUAUUGCCAGGGCAUCAUCGAGGUGCCUCCUUCCACCUCCUCCGAUGUCGAGUCCGGCGUCUGCCACCCAAGCACGGCACAGGCCGGUUCGGUGAGGGUUGAGAGAUGGAGAUUCAAUUCAAAAACAGAUUCAAUUCUAUCUGGUAUUGGUACUGGGGAGGUGCUGGAAGAAGAGGGAAAGAGAAGGCGGGCAGAGGGUGAGGAUGGGGAGGUGGGCAAAUGGACGCGUGAUGAGAGGAGUACUUACCAGGAAGACAAGGCCCAGGGAAUAUGGAUGCCUUGUCUCUGGGUGUGCGAGGGGAAGAGGAGGGUGGGAGAUUCGACGGAGAAGGAAGGCUUCGUGGGUACGUGGAGAAUUGUGGAGGCGGAAGGAUGGUAG